AUGCCAAUGGACCAUGGCAUGAUGCAGGAGCAAGAGCCUGAGGACACAAACGAUGCCUCAUCGAACUCUGACGAGCCUGCUAAGAAGAGGCGUCGAAGUCGCAAGGGCCUCGGAAAGCGUUUCGAGUGCAGUGCGGAGGGAUGCGGGAAAAGCUACUCCAGGGCGGAGCAUUUGUACCGCCACCAGCUUAACCACAACUCGAAGCAAAUAUUCCGCUGCGAGUAUCCAAACUGCCCCCGCACCUUUGUCCGGGGGGAUCUCCUCAAGCGGCAUAUGGACCGGCACGCGGCAAAAGGGCCACAGCUCGGGCGACAAGAGUCAUUAGGUGGCAGCAUUCCACAGCCUACACCGGACUCGAUGAUGGACGAGGCCAAUCGCUCCGACCAUACCUACGAGAUCACGAAUCAACCGCCUGGACAUCAAUAUCAGUCCCCCCUUGGUCAUUCAGGCACCCCUUACACUCCCAUUAGCAACACCCCCCCUACCGCACAGCUGAACGGCACGCCUCCUGUCAAAGCAACGGAAGGGCACCGCCCUGACUUGACAUACGAGCCCCGCGAAUCGCACAUUCGGCUACAUCAUCCAUCGGCGGCAGGUCGUUCUGUACAACCUUCGUCGGGCAGCCACGGUGCUUUUCAGCAGCAAUCUGCCAACCAGUCCAGCUACCAGCAGCCGGCCGUAAUCUCCCAGUCUGCUGAUGCAUUCGUCCCACAGCAAAAUGUUGUUCCCAUGCACCUGCCACCGGCUCAAUUCCCUAGUUCUCACAGGCGAUCUGCCCAGAGUUCGGCUGGUCAGUCAUACAGUGUAUCUUCGUCCGCCGACUUCAUCCAACAGACACAUCGUCAGUCUACGGAGAUGGUGGUUCUGGACCAGAUGGCAAUGCCGGGUGCAGGGCCAGUGUUUGGGGCGGACGGAGAGCUCAACAAGUCGCCUUAUGUGGGCAUGCCCGAGGACUUCAUGGCCUAUUUGUUCAACUCUCUCCCUAGCACCGGUUCGCCUACCAGCCAAGUGUUGGCUGCUGGGAGCUCCAACUAUGGCGAUCUUCAGGGCAGUCAAUACUCUACGGCUUUCAUGGGGAGCGAUGGAUCAACGAUGGGGUAUUUUCCCUCCGGCACACAGCAAGUCAUGGCGGUGAACAAUUUACUCGAUCAAGAUACUCCCGAAGCAAGCAUCUCCGAACAAAAGAGCGAGGAGAUUUUUGAUCUCAUUCGGGACAGAUUUCACGAGAACGAUUUGCCGCCCCUGGAACGCCAAAGAGAAAGCAUUAUUGCCGGGGAUCGUUCCGACGGUACCCACAUGUUGAGCAGGAGAAUGAUGCAAGCGUACAUACGGUCGUACUGGUACCAUUUCAGCGACCAGAUGCCUAUCCUGCACAAGCCGACAUUUAGUGCCGACAACACACCAAAUCUGUUGCUGCUCGCUAUGAUGACAAUCGGAGCCGCUUGCUUGGAUAGGACACACGGGCAACGGGUGAUGAAGGCUGGUGCGGUAAUCUCCAACUUCCUGGCACGCCACCUUCGAUGGGAGAUCUUCAUGGACUGGAAUUUUCGUCCGCCGGCAAAGCUCUGGGUCUUCCAAGCCCUCAUUCUUCUGGAAGUAUAUGAGAAGAUGUACUCUACGCGAGAACUCCACGAACGGGCCCACAUUCACCACGCCACGACGAUCACUUUGAUGCGGCGCGGCCGGUCGCUCAUUGGUAAAUCGUCUCUAGAUUCUCCGCCCAAUGCCCGUGAGGGCCAGAAUGGUUCGCAUGCAGGAGGGACAUGGACACAGACGCCGGACGAAUGGUGGAAUCAUUGGAUCACGAGUGAGGCUACGCGGCGUGCUGCGUUCGCGGCCUUCAUUGUGGACACGACCCACGCGACCAUGUUUGGCCACUCCGGGGUGAUGGCUGCACAUGAAAUGCGAUUGGCACUACCUUGCGACGAGUCGCUUUGGCGAGCAACGAGCAGCGCCGAGGUAGCCAGGAUCGAGGCCAACCUCAUCUCGCAGGGUAUAAAGCCUGUGUCGUUUCUUGAGGGCCUGAAGCGUACGCUCAGUCACCAGGAGGUGCGAACGACGUCGUUUGGGCGGACAGUCCUCAUGGCAGGACUUCUCAGCGUCACGUACCACAUGCACCAGAGGGACCUUCAGGUCAACAUCCUGGGGGGAGGAGUAACGCAUGCCCUCGGCGGUCGCGACAAGUGGAGAGCAACAUUGACGAGAGCAUACGACUCGUGGAAGACGGAUUUCGAUGAUGCCCUGGAACGCAGCGAACCGUCAAGCGACCCAUAUCGGCAUGACGCGGCGAAGCAUGAAUUCAACAUUGUCUUUGCGAGCCGGACGGUACUGCACCAUCUCGCGCACAUGGCCAUGCACGCAGAUAUCGUGGAUUGCCAGAUAUUUGCCCGUGCGAAGCGACUGCUUGGGAGGACUAUCGGGCCGCAGGAGCUCAACGGAGCUCGGCGCAGAAUCCAGGAGCUGUGGGCGCGCACGGCACGGGCCCGAGAUGCAACCUUCUACGCGCUGAAGUUCCUGAGCUCGGUGUUGCUGCCCGGCGCUGACGGUGGGCCAACUGUCCCCGGCCACAAUUUGCAAAAGCACUAUGAGGCGCGGUACGAUGUGUUGAUGAACCGCCCGUGGGUGUUGUAUUUUGCAGUGCUCGUCGUCUGGUGCUACGGCUUCGCACUCGAGGGUCCCUGCGUCGAUGCAGUCGUGGGCGCCUCUGCAGAGGAGAUCCAGCGGCAAAUGCAGGCCUACCUCGUCGAGUUUGGAGGGAUUGCGGACCCCAGCGAAUUGCAUUUGAUGAGGGGCGUGAACAACAACACAGCGCUCCUUAUGGUGCUGAAGGAGUCGUUUGAGAAUACUCGAUGGGAUCUCCUGCACGAAGCGGCAAAUCUUCUACGGAACUGCAUUAUGCUCAACGCCGGGGCAACUGUAUGA